UCUUUGCCGACUACUUCUCCUCAACCCCAAACCAAACCAACCUGAGGACUUUAACCACGGUUCAGAAUUAACCCUAAAUCAGAGUUUAAGCUUUUUAACCAGAGUACAUUCAUGCAGUUAGGAUUUAGGAGAGCCCAACAAGAAGAACGAACACAGACAAAACCCAGUUCCUCUAACCUCCAUACUUUUGCUUUAAACAAAACAAAGGCCAAAGCUUUUUAUGGUUUUUUUUUUCCUGGGCUCUCAUUAUUGCUCGUGAAAUAACUGGUUGUUUGUUUUCCGGGAAAAAGAAGUCUGUCCCUCAGUUGAAACUCUCACUUUCCCGGGAAUGGUUCCAGUGCCAAAGAAGGACUCUUCUUGCUUUGCUGCCUUAUCCAAUCAAUUCCUCAUGAUCCCAUUUUGCAUGCCGAAACUGGUGUGUAUAGUUUUCUCUUGACCCUUGUGUUUUCUGGAUUUAUUUUGUUUCUGGGUUUUCUUUGUGGCUUGAAAUUAUGGUUCUUUGAGAUCUGAAAUUGUAGCCAUGUUGGGUGUAUUUGAUUUGGUUGAAUGUAUAAAGUUUCAGAUAUUUGGGGCUGAGAUUUGAUGUGGGUAUUGAAAUUUCAAGUUUGAUAUUUGUUGGGUAAUUGAUUUUCUGGAUUUUAUAGAUGAAGAUUGAGAUGGGUUUAGGAGGUGGGGUUUGGAAUGAUGGAGAUAAGGCUAUGGUUGCUGCAGUUUUAGGCACUCGAGCUUUCGAUUACUUGAUAUCGAGCUCGGUUUCUUCGAACGAGAAUUCGUGCAUGGGUAUAGGGACUGAUGAAAAUUUGCACAACAAGCUCUCGGAUCUUGUGGAGCCUCCGAAUGUUUCAAAUUUUAGCUGGAAUUAUGCAAUUUUCUGGCAAAUUUCAAGGUCCAAGUCUGGUGAUUGGGCUUUGUGUUGGGGGGAUGGUUCUUGUAGAGAGCCUAAGGAGGGUGAAGAGUCUGAAGCCACAAGAAAUCUCAAUCUUAGGCUUGAGGACGAGACCCAGCAGACGAUGAGGAAGAUAGUGCUUCAGAAGUUGCACACUUUGUUUGGGAGCUCAGAUGAGUAUAAUGGUGCUCUUGGAUUAGACCGGGUCACUGAUACAGAGAUGUUCUUGCUUGCUUCUAUGUAUUUUUCGUUUCCAAGAGGAGAAGGGGGCCCUGGCAAGUGCUUUGCGUCCGGGAAGCAUGUCUGGCUCUCGGACUUGUUGAAAUUGGAGUCAGAUUAUUGUGUUCGAUCGUUUCUUGCUAAGUCUGCUGGAGUUCAGACAAUUGUUUUAGUCCCAACAGAUGUGGGUGUCGUUGAAUUGGGUUCAGUGAGAUGUGUAGGGGAGAGUUUAGAGUUGUUGCAAUCCAUAAGGUCACUGUUUUCGACUCAGUCCUCGCUCAUGAGGUCUAAGCCCCUGACAGGGUUCCCGGUGAUGGGAAAGAGGAGAGAUGAAAAUGCCCAGCUAACUAAUUUGAGCCCUGUGGAGAGAGGGGAAGGAGUUCCCAAAAUUUUUGGGCAAGAUUUGAACUCAGGGAACUCAGGCCGGCCUCGUUAUAGAGAGAAACUUGCCGUUAGAAAGGUGGAGGAGAGGCCGUGGGAUGUGUACUCUAAUGGGAACAGGAUUGCAUUUUCAAGUCCUCGAAAUGGUAUUCAAGGUUCAAGUUGGCCUCAUAUUCAUGAUGCGAAACAGGGGAGCCCAACUGAGAUGUAUGCUUCUCAAAGUCCUGUGAAUAAUAUACAGGAGCUUGUUAAUGGGGCCAGGGAUGAUUUUCGUCUUAACCAUUAUCAACCACAGAAGCAGGUACCCAUACAAAUUGACUUUUCAGGGGCCACUUCAAGGCCUUCUGUGGUUGCCCGACCUGUUGGUGCUGAUUCUGAGAACUCAGAUGCCGAAGCUCCAUGCAAGGAGGGCAGGAAGCCUGCAAAUGGAAGAGAAGAACCCCUCAAUCAUGUGGAGGCAGAGAGGCAGCGGCGUGAGAAGCUGAACCAGCGGUUUUAUGCUUUACGAGCUGUUGUACCCAACAUAUCCAAGAUGGACAAAGCAUCCUUGUUGGGAGAUGCCAUUGCUUACAUCAAUGAGCUCCAGGCGAAACUUAAGGUGAUGGAAGCAGAUAGGGAGAACCUCGGGGGCACUUCAAGAGAUGCGUCAGCUUUGGGGGCAAAUCCAGGUAUCAGUAUGGAAAACCAGAGCCAGGCAACUGAUGUUGAUAUUCAAGCUGUGCAUGAUGAGGUUGUUGUAAGGGUGAGCUGCCCUUUGGAUUCCCACCCUGCAUCAAGAGUCAUCCAAGCAUUCAAAGAGGCACAAAUCACCGUUGUCGAGUCAAAACUUGCCGCAGCAAACGAUACUGUGUUUCAUACGUUUGUCAUAAAAUCUCAGGGAUCCGAGCCGUUGACGAAGGAAAAGUUGAUUGCAGCAUUUUCCCGGGAAUCCAACUCCUUGCAGUCAUUGUCAUCUGUUGGGUAGCAGGAGAAUUGCAAUUAACAUAGUCCAUAGGUAUAGUAAGUGAAGAACCCAUUUAAAAGUUUCUUCAGAGGUUUUGAUAUACAGCCAGGGAUCCUGAAAAGGAAUAGCAUUGCUAGCUAGAAGUAGAAAAAAUAACUACCUAAUGACCAAGUAGGGGAGCAAAAUUUCUAUGAUUGUUUAUAGCAUACAUAUUCUGUCCUAAGUAUUCUUGCAAGGUCGAUUACAUUUGUAAGUUUAACCGACUCUAAAAUUGUUGGUUAUCAAGAAGCUCAUAGAUUUGUUUUGUUUUUUAAA